AUGGCGUCGUCCGUCUUCUACCGCUUUCGGUCUCAGAAAGAGGAGUCGCGAGUGACUUUCGACGGCACCGGCAUCUCCGUCUUCGACCUCAAGAAGGAGAUCAUCAUAGCUAACAACCUCGGUAAGGCGAACGACUUUGACUUGAUCGUCCUCGACAACGCUGGCCAAGUACUCGCGGACGAUGCGCACGUCAUCCCCCGGUCGUCUUCUAUCGUCGUCAAACGGGUUCCCUCUCGUCCUGGCAGAGGCUGCGCACCGAAAUACCUUGGCGCAGCUGGUCCGGUCUCCCAUUCUGACCAAGGUGGCAAAGGCGGUGGAGGGUCGUGGCAUCGAGGCAACAUGUCGAAACGGUUCGACAAGGACGGGAAGGAGGAGCCGCCGCCGGUAGAGAAGCCCAUGCCCCCCGACGACGAAGACGCAGCAAUGAUGGCCAUGUUCCAAGCGCAAACUGCGAACUGGGAGGAGACCCAGGAGAAAAUGUCACAUGCUACUCGCAUUUACAACACUCCCCGCGGCGGCGCCCCUCGCGGUGGCAAGCCUUUCCAGCCCACACAUCAUCAGUCCGACCGGCCACUGCCUCCCAGUUAUGUAUGCUAUCGUUGUGGACAGAAGGGCCACUGGAUCCAGGACUGCCCAACAAACAAUGACCGCGAGUUUGACAACAGACCACGAAUCAAGCGGACCACCGGUAUCCCUCGAAGUUUCCUCAAAGCCGUAGACAACCCCACGACUGGUCCGUUGGGCCAAGGAGUCAUGGUCACACCCGAAGGAGGCUACGUCGUCGCCCAACCGGAUUCCGCGUCCUGGCAAAAGCAAGUCUCGCGGAACAAAGGCCUCACCGAGGCCGACGUCCGCGAACGCCCGCCGUCCGACCCCGCGCUCGCGUGCCCGAUCGACGGCAAGCUCUUCCGGGACGCGGUAAAGACCCCGUGCUGCGGGACGCUGUACUGCGAGGAGUGCGUGCAGACGCACCUGCUCGAGCGCGACUUCCUCUGCCCGAACUGCGCGCGCAAGGUCCCGAGCCUGGACAGGCUCAUCGUCGACAAGCCGAUGCGCGCGCGGGUGCACGAGUACGUGGACAAGGAGAUGGAGAGGAGCAGGCAGGAGGCGGACGGCGCGGACAAGGCGGACGGGCAGCGCGCCACGGAGGACGGCAAGGCGGCAGCGGAGGGCGACGGCGACAAGCCGCAACAGCAGCCGAACGGCGCCGCCUCAGACAACGCCACGGUCAUGGGAGACGGCAUGGGCGACGAAGCGUUCUACAACGACAUGUCCGGCAUGGACAUGAACGAGAUCAUCAACCAGCUCCAGGCGCAGAUCCAACAGGUACAGGUCAUGCUCAGCAACCCCACACUUCCUGCGCAAGUGCGCCAGCAGCAAUUUCCUAUGCAGGGCAUGUCCGCGGGGAUGCAGAACGGCAUGGGCGUCGGUGUUGGGGGCGCGAGCGGCAUGGCGGCCAUGAACGGCGCAGGGAUGGGUAUGCAGGGCGAGUUCAGGCAAUGGACGAACCCUUUCCCGAACCAGCAGCCGGCGGGGCAAGACUCGGCGUAUCAACGACUGCCACUGAACAACCGCAGGCGGCCACUCAAACGAGAUCGCCCUUCGGAUUUCUUGGAGGUUGGAGGCAACCAAAAUGAGAAGACACCACGAUUUUGGGAGUAG